CGCUUCACCUGCGCGCCAUGUGUUCGAACAAAUGCCGCUUCCACCUCCUCCUCACGCUGCUCUGCCGGCGCCGCGGCCGCCACUUCUCCACGGCGCCGUCCUCUAGCUUCCCGCGGAAGCAACCGGCAGAGACACAGCGUUGGGGGCGGCGGCACCCUCCCGCGCAGGACGUCGGGGACGCGGCGAGAGCCCAUGAGGCGACCGUCAAGCGGCUCGCGGCUGCGGGCGACGUGGACGGCGUGCAGUACGCGCUGCAGGAGAUGCAGCUGCGCGGGGUGGCGUGCCCCGAGGGCGCCAUCGUCGCAGCCAUCGGCGCCUUCGCCCGCGCUGGCGCGCCCGACCGCGCGCUCAAGACGUUCUACCGCGCCCGCGACCUCGGCUGCUCCGCGCCCACAGCGCGGCUGUACAACCACCUGAUCGACGCGCUUCUCCGGGAGAACAUGGUCGGGGCCGUCGUGCCGGUCUACGAGAACAUGAGGAAGGACGGAGUCGAGCCCAACGUGUUCACCUAUAACCUGCUGGUCAGGGCGCUGUGCCAGAACGACCGGGUCGCUGCCGCGCGCAAGAUGCUCGACGAAAUGACCAGGAAGGGGUGCCCUCCGGACGAGGUGACCCACGGAACCAUCAUUUCCGCGCUGUGCAAGCUUGGCAGGGUGGACGAGGCUAGAGAGGUUCUGGCUGCAGCGCCGCCCGUGUGCGCCUCUUACAAUGCUGUCGUUCUAGCUCUCUGCAGAGAAUUCAGGAUGCAGAACGUGUUCUUAGUUGUCAAUGAAAUGGUGCAGAGGGGAUUAUGGCCUAAUGUGAUCACAUACACAACUAUAGUCGACACAUUCUGCAAGGCCCGGGAGCUGAGGAUGGCAUGCGCCAUUCUGGCUAGGAUGGUGAUCACCGGAUGCACUCCAAAUGUUACAACAUUCACUGCGUUGGUGAAAGGGAUGUUUGAGGAUGGAAGGGUACAUGACGCGCUUAGCAUGUGGAAAUGGAUGGUGGCUGAAGGAUGGGCACCAUCAAUAGUCUCUUACAAUGUUCUCAUCCGUGGCCUUUGCAGCAUUGGUGAUCUGAAUGGAGCAUUGUCUGUUGUCAACGGCAUGGAGCAACAUGGCUCCGUUCCUAAUGUGAGGACCUACUCCACUCUUAUUGACGGAUUCUCCAAAGCUGGGGACCUAGACGGUGCCAUGUCAAUAUGGAGUGACAUGAUAAGAGCUGGUUGCAGGCCAAAUGUUGUUGUUUACACGAACAUGGUGGAUGUGUUUUGCAAGAAGCUUAUGUUUGAUCAAACGGAGAAUCUCAUUGAUAACAUGCUGUUGGAAAAUUGUCCUCCUAACACAGUGACAUUUAACACGUUGAUAAGAAGUCUAUGCGACUGCGGAAGAGUUGGGAGAGCCCUGGGUGUGUUCCAUGAGAUGAGGAGACAUGGAUGCACGCCAAAUGGCAGGACCUACAAUGUGUUGCUCCAUGGUCUUUUUAGGGAUGGAAACCGUGAAGACGCUCUUCAAAUGGUAAUCGAGAUGCAAAACCAUGGCAUUGAGUUGAGUUUAGUAACAUACAGCACUAUAGUAAGUGGUCUAUGUCAGAUGAAAAUGAGCAGAGAAGCUAUGCUGUUUCUCGGGAGGAUGGUGAUUCAAGGAAUUCAACCAGAUGCAUUCGCUCUCAAUGCGAUAAUUCAUGCUUAUUGUAAGGAAGGGAAAGUCAGGAUGGCUGCUUGGAUGUUAGGUGGAAUGAACGCAGUGAACUGCCCACGCAACAUAGUUGCAUACACUAUUCUAAUGACAGAGCUUUGCAAUCAGCACAGGCUGGAAGAUGCCAUGGUGUACCUAUUAAAGAUGUUAUAUGAAGGUAUAUGUCCAAAUACAGCAACAUGGAACGUGUUAGUCCGUGGAGCUUUUAGAAACCUGGGCUACAUUGGACCAAUUGAUUUGAUCGAUCAUAUUACCGCAAACUUACCAGCAUGAGCCUGAGGUUCGCUGUUGCCAUUUCUUUGGAUUGUCAAUGAAGGCAAAGCUGACAAUCAGCAAUCUUUCUCUGAUUGUCACCAGUGAGUAAAAUACAUCUCAUGAUAUAAAUAUUCUGACGAGUAACGACCAUGAUCAGAUGAAUUAAUUUUUUUGAGUGCUCAUUAUUGUAUAAUUCCGGUCAUGGAUAGUUAAUAUUUUGCAUUUCAAAUCUUUUCUGCUCAAGUCAUUAGGAUUUCAUCUUACUAGUUAACUUUGCAUGUAAAACUUGUAUAACAUAUUUUUCCUCCUAGUUU